AUGAGUGAAAGGAGAAGAUCUGCAGUCGCCCUGAGCUCUCGAGCACAUGCCUUCUCCGUUGAAGCCUUAAUCGGCUCAAAUAAAAAGCGGAAACUGCGAGACUGGGAGGAGAAGGGGCUAGACCUGUCCAUGGAGGCGCUGAGCCCCGCGGGCCCACUCGGAGACACCGAGGACUCGGCCGCGCACUGCCUGGAGCCCCACCCGGAUUCUGAGCAGAGCACUGGUUCAGACUCUGAGGUGCUUGCUGAGCGGACUUCCUGCUCCUUUGACACACAUCGUGAGCUGACCUCUGGGGCUGCAGGCCCUGUGCCUGCCACCAUGUCCUCCAUGGAGGAGAUUCAGGUGGAGCUGCAAUGUGCUGACCUCUGGAAGAGGUUCCAUGAUAUUGGAACUGAAAUGAUCAUCACCAAAGCAGGCAGGAGAAUGUUUCCUGCCAUGAGAGUGAAAAUCACUGGCUUGGAUCCACACCAGCAGUACUACAUAGCAAUGGACAUUGUGCCUGUGGACAAUAAAAGAUACAGAUAUGUAUAUCACAGCUCCAAGUGGAUGGUGGCAGGCAAUGCUGAUUCCCCCGUGCCCCCAAGAGUUUAUAUCCACCCUGACUCUCUAGCUUCUGGAGACACCUGGAUGAGACAGGUGGUCAGUUUUGACAAACUUAAGCUGACCAACAAUGAAUUGGAUGAUCAAGGACACAUCAUUCUGCACUCUAUGCACAAAUACCAGCCUCGAGUUCACGUGAUUCGUAAGGACUUCAGCAGCGACCUUUCUCCCACCAAGCCUGUCCCCAUUGGGGAUGGUGUGAAAACAUUCAAUUUUCCUGAGACUGUGUUCACCACAGUCACAGCCUACCAGAAUCAGCAGAUCACCAGAUUAAAAAUUGACCGAAACCCUUUUGCUAAAGGAUUUAGAGAUUCUGGAAGGAACAGAACUGGACUAGAAGCUAUCAUGGAAACGUAUGCAUUUUGGAGACCCCCUGUACGCACACUCACCUUUGAGGAUUUCACCACCAUGCAAAAACAGCAAGGGGGCAGCACAGGCACAUCCCCAACCACCUCCAGCACUGGGACACCAUCCCCUUCAGCUUCUUCUCACCUUUUAUCUCCAUCCUGUUCUCCCCCAACCUUUCAUUUGGCCCCCAACACUUUCAACGUGGGCUGCCGAGAGAGCCAGCUGUGUAAUCUAAACCUCUCUGAUUAUCCACCCUGUGCCCGAAGCAACAUGGCUGCCUUGCAGAGUUACCCAGGGCUGAGUGACAGUGGUUACAAUAGGCUCCAGAGUGGCACCGCUGCAGCAGCUCAGCCCUCAGAAACCUUCAUGCCUCAGAGGACUCCAUCUCUGAUCUCAGGAAUACCAACUCCUCCCUCGUUGCCUAGCAACAGCAAGAUGGAAGCCUACGGUGGCCAGUUGGGGUCCUUCCCCACUUCCCAGUUUCAGUAUGUCAUGCAGGCAGGCAAUGCAGCCUCCAGUUCCUCCUCACCACACAUGUUUGGGGGCAGCCACAUGCAGCAGAGCUCCUACAAUGCCUUCUCCCUACACAACCCCUACAAUCUGUAUGGAUACAAUUUCCCUACCUCCCCCAGGCUAGCUGCAAGCCCAGAAAAACUGAGCGCUUCUCAAAGCACUUUACUCUGUUCUUCCCCCUCCAACGGAGCUUUUGGAGAGAGGCAGUACCUGCCCACAGGGAUGGAGCACAGCAUGCACAUGAUUAGCCCUUCACCCAAUAACCAGCAGGCGACCAACACCUGUGAUGGCCGGCAGUAUGGGGCGGUCCCAGGCUCUUCCUCCCAGAUGUCGGUGCACAUGGUUUAAUAGCCAGUCAGAUACCGCAGAGCCUACGGCCCCCAGAGUCUCCCUGGGCAGAUCCUCCUCUUUGGGAACCCUUUGAUAAAGAGAAACUAUACUUUUUUUUUUGUUUGGGAGGAAGAAAACAUACCCA